GCGGCACAAUGCUCAGGUUGUUUGCGCUGCUUUUGCUCGUCACGUGGGUUGGGAGGAAGGCGGAUGUAUAUAAAUCCGCACUCCGCCACUUUGUCGAACAACCGGACCCGCACGAGCCGACCGCGCGAUGAUGGAGGCUUCUUCUGCCGCCCGCGCCGCUCGCUCUACGUUUGCGUGGCUGGUGGGAGGCUCGCAGGUUCUGGGUGUGACAACGGUGGUGCUGACCGCUGUUUGGAUGGGUCACUUCCACGGGGGCUUCGCUUGGGAUGGCACGGAACGGGAGCUCAACCUGCACCCUCUGUGCAUGGUUCUGGGCUUGGUCUUCUUACAGGGAGACGCCAUCCUGGUCUACAGAGUUUUCCAUAAUGAGGCAAAGAAGAAUGUCAAGGUGCUUCAUGGCAUCAUUCACUUGCUUGCCCUCAUCAUCACCAUUGUCGGUAUGGUAGCUGUGUUCGACUCCAACAGAGCAUCCAACUACACAAACAUGUACACCUUGCACAGUUGGUGCGGCAUGGCUACCAUUGUCCUAUUUGGCGUGCAGUGGGUCAUGGGUUUGUUGUUCUUCCUGUUUCCUGUGGCGUCGUCGGGGUUGCGAGCCACGUACCUCCCCCUCCAUGCAUUCUGUGGUCUGGUUCUGUUGGCUUUGGCCGUGGGGAGCAGCUUGCUCGGUAUCACAGAUUCACUGCUCUACAGCAUCAUGUUAACCUAUUCGAACUUUCCGCCUGAGGGGGUCCUGGCCAACGUUUUGGGCAUCCUGCUUGUGGUCUUUGGGGUGCUGCUGUGCUACAUCAUCACCAGGGAAGAGUAUAGGCGGCCACCCAACCCCGAGGAGGAGUCAUUGGCGGUCCACUUCAAGACCCUGAGUGAAGGGGACUCACCCACCUUGCCCUAACUCAUUCGCUUCAUUCUGACUUCAAACUGCUCGCCACACAGUUUGACCUUUUGUGGAGUUUUCUUGAUUCACUUAUUGUUCUUGUAGCAUUGAAUUGAAUAGCGACGACCCAAGUGUAUUGGACAAACGAUACCAAAUGCUGCGAUCACGCUCACUUUCGAUUGACACGCUCAAAGAGAAUUAGCGUUGGUGUGGAUGUGCGUUGGUUCGUGUGUUUGUUUGUGCGUAUGUUGUUCAUGUUUUGGAAUGUGGAAAAUCCCAGUGAACAUGUUCGGAUGCUUUUCCGAUCGAAAUCGUUCAUUUCCUUUACGUCUACGCCAUACCUUUCUUUAUUUAGCGUGUGAUAAAUGUUGAAGCCUUGGUGGAGGUAUCUUGUGCUCUCAUCUUUUGUUAGCAAUGUUUAUUAUUGGGGGUUGCAGUUUACGGUGACCCACAUUUUAAACAUCUCUACUACCACAAUCGCUCUCUGACCACGUCAAUCAAAACUGUAAUCUUUUGUAAAGGCAAAACAUUCUACAUCACUAGUACUGAAUCUCAUCAAGUCAUAGAGGUUUACAGACUUAAGACUACCAAAUAGAGAACAACUACAGAGUGCAAUUCCUUUAGAAAUUGCGUGUGAAUGCUGAAGAGCUGACACUGAACUGAAAUGUUGUGGAAUUAUUAAUUGAAUUGUUGAAAUGUAAAAUGUGAGACUUGCUGAGUUGGAAUGGCUUUAAUUGGUCAAGAAAUGUAGAAAGGGGAGGUAAAUAUGUAAAAAAAAAAAAAAAAAAGAAAACAUCUCAUAAUUUGGGAAUUCUAUUGGGGAAAUGUGGAAAUUUAAGGAAUGCUUUGAUUGUGCAGUGUCCUGAAUUAUUUGAACAGUUUGGAGUUGGAAUGGCUUCAAUCGUCUGAGAAUUGCGGAAGGGUGGUAAAUAUUGAUGUAAAGGGUCAUUUACUGUAUUUGGGAAUGUUGUUGUGAAAAAUGUGCAAUAUUAAAAAAUAGUUCCCAAGA